GAGGGAUUUCGUCGUUGCGCUGAUGUUGGAGCUGGAUUCUCGUGUAACAGCUGACUUUACUAGAAAAAAGAGGAAGAAAGAAAAACUUAGCGAUGGCAAUAUCCUCGUUAUUUACUUAUAUAUGAUAUAUCUUUUUAGAUAAAGCAGUUGUGAGAUUCGUGGAAAACCGCGUAUUCCGCGCUCAUAGCUGAGAGCCCGUUCAGUUGAGUUCAGUUGAGUUCAGUUGUGAGGCUGUGGCUGGUCUGAGUGUUCAGUAGCGCUAUGGAUCACACAGACAGCGUUAAUGCUGAUCCUGCCAGAGACACCGACACUGAAGACCGUGUAACCCGCUUCAGGAACCAAAGCGGGUUUUGGUUGCUUGGUCUGUGUAAUAACUUUGCCUAUGUGGUGAUGCUGAGUGCGGCACAUGACAUUUUAAAGCGGCAGGAAUCCCAGAAUGCAACAGUGCCUACCCCAGCCCCAGGCCUCCUGCAGUCAGACAGUGGAAACAGCAGCAACAGUAGCCGCUAUGACUGCAACCCUGUGUCUACGGCAGCUGUCCUGCUGGCUGACAUCAUACCAACAUUUCUGAUCAAGCUUACAGCACCAUUUUACAUUCACAAAGUGCCUUAUGGGUUCCGUGUUCUGGUGUGUGUCGCCACGGCAGCAGUUAGCUUCUUGGUGGUGUCGUUUUCUGCAACUGUGUGGAUGAGCAUCUUAGGUGUCAUCUUUGCCAGUGUGAGUUCAGGUCUCGGGGAGCUCUCCUUCCUGUCCCUCACUGUCUAUUUCAGCAACAACGUGCUGAGUGGAUGGGGAUCUGGUACAGGGGGUGCAGGGGUCGCUGGAGCUCUUCUGUACUCUGCCCUCACACAGGCUGGUCUGUCACCUCGGGUUACAUUGCUGAUCAUGCUGCUCGUCCCUGCGGUUAUGAUGAUCAGCUACUUCGUCCUUCUGGUCUUUCCUCCCUCGUUUCCACAGUGGAGGCCCAGAGAAGCAUGCCAUAGAGGCUCCCAGGAAAGACAGCCCUUAAUAUGGGACAACAAUGAUGAAGACUGUGUUCAAGAUGAGAGGGCCAAAGAUAACUGUGCUGGCCAUGCUUUCUUCCUCCUGACAGAAGACAGACAGACUGGACCCCUGACCUUCUUCAACAAGCUACACAUCCUGACGGGUCUGCUGAGGUUUAUUGUGCCUCUGGCUGUGGUCUACUUCGCUGAGUAUUUCAUUAACCAGGGACUGUUGGAGUUGCUCUACUUUCGAAAUUCCUCUCUCUCCCAUGCAGAGCAGUACCGCUGGUAUCAGACUCUGUACCAGAUCGGUGUUAUGAUAUCCCGCACUUCUCUCUUCUGCAUAAAGAUCAGGAGAAUCUGGCUGCUGUCUUUCUUACAGUGUGUCAAUGCAGUGCUGCUGCUUUUUGCAGUGUAUUAUCAGUUCUUGCCCAAUGUGUGGCUGGCAUUUGUUAUAAUUCUUUAUGAAGGUCUGCUGGGAGGAGCCGCCUACGUCAACAUUUUCUACUUAAUCAGCAAAGAGACUGGCGACCGUGAACGGGAGUUUGCAAUGGCUGCUGCAAGUGUCGGGGACAGUUUUGGUAUCGCACUCUCUGGAAUUGCGGCCUUCCCUCUCCACAACUACUUCUGCUCUCUGUGAGGGAGGACGGCACCAUGGACAAACAGCACUAUGGAGGAACAGACAGAGACAGAAGUGACUGUUGAGUAGCAAGAUGUGGACUAAAACAAGGAAAAGCUCAAAUAGAGGGACAUAAUAAUUGUUGCUUACAAAUCUUUAUUUAUUUCUCAGACAUAAAUUGUGUGAUUUUA